CAAUUUCAAUUUAGUAGCGUUUUGCUCUUCUCGACUCUUGUAGCGCGACUGAGAGUCCAAUCCAGAUUUUAUUUGUUUACCUUUUUAUUUUUCAACCAACCAGUUUCAAAUUUUUUGAUUUGCACCUCAUCCUCCACUGCCAGUUGAAAGUCAGUUACCAACAGUCAUGGCAGCGCAACAGACACGUCGCGCCGACUUCGACCUACCCAAGUUGCCGGACAUGGCCACUGUCCGCAAAUCAGCCAAUCUCAUCCGGCCAGAACAGUUUUCGAAACGGAAACUCAAGCUGAUACUCCAUUUGAUCACAGCCGAGCUCAAGGCUCGUGGAACAAAUGUGCCUCACAUCCUCUUACCGUUCAGAUCAAAGAUCAACGAUUCCAAGCUCGAACAGUUUCUUGAACAGCUUUUUCCGAAUGGAGAGCUCAUUGACGUAGACCAUGACGAAAACCAUGCGCUCAUUAUUAUACAGCUGUACGAUGAGUUCACUUUGAUAUGUGCCUUGAAGUACAUGUGGUCAAGAUUGCCUAACAACGAGAUCAUCGGCUGGGAUGUAUAUUUGGAAUAUAGAAGAAGGGAGAGAGAGGCUGGCUACCCCAAAAAUGCAUUCUUGUCCAUUAUGCCAAAGUGUCUCAGCUCGCCAGCUCAUGCCUCAAUUGUGUAUGAUUUUCUUGACUUGUUAAUCAGUAUCACUUCAAAUUCACAGUACAACUAUUUAAGUGGAAGAAAGGUCACCAAAAUGGCGUCCAUUUGGGCCUUCAACCCCACGUCCAAACUCUCAAAAUCUGCCUUCUAUGAUGCUACCAUCAACCAGGAGUUCAAUUUUAUCCAGGGAGUUGAAGCUUGGAAAUCAUCCGGCAAUGCUUUGUUUCAUCUUUUGCUUUCUUUCUUACGUGCCAUGUUGCCUGAAAAUGAUGCAGAAACUUUGAAGUUGCCCAAGGCAUUGCAAUCGCUUCUCAUAACAACAGCAUACCCACCUUCCGAAGAUACUGGCCGUACACUCAAGUCCAUGAUCACCAUCCCAUGCGUAGUAGUCAAAUCUACACGUCCAUCUUCCAAUGUGUACGAGUUACUCUCCAAAGUAAGACACACGCUUUCCUUUGACAAAAAGGACGCGUUCCUCUCCAUCGAAAACUAUACGAUUCUUAAGAACAUUUUCAAGAAAGAUUCAACAGAUGAUAUUGUGAGAGGUCUUACUGAAGAAUCAAGAAGAGUUCUCGGAAGAUUAACCGAUGAUUCGAUUGAGUCCAAGUAUGAAUUGUACCCUGGAUGGCCCAAAUCACAACCUGAGAUCGAUGACAACAUACCACUCUUCUCUCAGGUUUCAGUCUACGAUGUAACUUUACAGGAUUUCUAUAUUUGGACAUGGUUAUCCACUUUGGGAUCAGACCAAUCUACAGAAUUCAAAAAGAUUUUUGGUCGUUCGUUAGUCAUGGAAUCAGACUUAAAAGGCUUCCAGAAAUGGAUAAUCAUUUCUGAACAAACCAUGUCUUCAGAUGAAUAUCUCAAGCAUUUCAAAUUGGAACCAGUGCAAACAACCACACCACCACGUUCAAGAAACCCAUCCAAUGAAAGUAUCAAAAGAAAGAACCUGCCUUUGCCUCCGCUUCCUCCAAAGGAUUUCAAGCAUUUGGAUGAAACAGUCGAUCCAUUACCAAAUAUUCUGUUCGAAGAGAAAGACUACAAAUUGGAUGUAGGUUCGCUUACCCUUGAGGACGAUCAAAUGAGCUACAUAUACCCAAGCAAAGUCAGCGCCGAUGAAGCUUCGGAAUAUAGACGUUACUUGGAAACAACUUCAAUUGCUGAAGUCAGCAUUCAAACAAGAAGCAGAACCAAUUCUACUGUCCCUAUUCCAAGAAAAGUUCCACCAUCUUCAGACUUUGACAUCAAUAGCGCGCCACUGUCUAGUUUGUCAUUGGGCCAACCUUGCCAAACUCCAGUUACACAAUAUUCUAGCAACACCGGAGAUUUCAAAGAACCAUUUGAUUCAUACACAACAGAACAAGAACGCAAAGAAAUGAUAAAACAGAACAAAUCAGACGAGCCGUUUGAAGAUUACUAUGUCCCUGGUACGGGCCAGUCUCCAAUGGAAUUGUUAGAGAGGCAUCAGCAAUUGAAUUCUCCAGUUAGCGAGCAACUGUUAGACAAAGCAAAGGAUCCAAUUGAUACAGAACUUGCGUCUGAUACUCCCAAGUUAGACGACAAGUUAGAUGCCAAGUUAGAUUCCAAGUUCGAAGCCGAAUAUGCCGAGAGCAAGGAAGCCAAGAAGGAGAGAAGAAGAAUGAGAAAGGAAAAGAAAGAGAAGUUGAAGCGAGAGAAGGAGGUGGCUGAAGUCAUGGCAGCAGCUGCUGCUGCCGCAGGUUUUACUGAUACUCCAGAAUUUGCAUCUGUUGGAACCCCUCCAAUUAGAUCUCCUCCAGGCUCUUUUGCCCCACCUGAUGUUAUCAUGUCUCCAGUACCAGAGCUGCCAAAGCGUGUUAAAGAUAAGUCACAAGACAAAGAAAAGAAGAAGAAAAAGAAGAAAAAGCCAACGUCAUAUGUUGCAGAUGAAAAGCAAACUGACUAUACUAUGGCACUACCACCACCUCAACCAAUUUUCAAUCAAGUACCUCCUCCUUUAGAUUUGAAUAUGGCUUCACAUUCUCCUGCUGUUCAAAAUGGAAUCUUUUUCAGUCCAUUUCUGGCCCCACCAAUGCCUUAUCAACCCCAAUAUGCAUACCAUGGCUCCCAAGAGUAUUUACCAGUACCUCCAACUCAGUAUAUGUACCACAGUUCUCAAGAGCAGUUGUCUCUUCCUACUGAAUAUCAUAAAUCCCGUGGUUCUUCUCCACAACUGAGAUCUCCAGAAAAGUCACACACGAAAUUGAACUCCAACACUGAACCACAAGGUCAAGUGUAUCUGGCAAUCCCUCCACAGCAAUUCCCGCAUCCGCAGCAAUACUUACACCCCCAGCAAUAUUCACAGCAAUAUCUACCUCAUAAUCCUCAGCAAUAUCUUCCACAUCCUCCUCAGCAGCAGAAACCAUCUCAUCAUUCACCUGCUCUUCUGCUGCAACCUCAGUACCAAGCAUAUCAACCUGUUGCCCAUGAACCAAUUCACCAUCCUAACCAUACACCAGCUCCGCAGCCCAUCUAUUUGAAUCGCCCUUCAGCUUCCAAUCACCACCCCAUAUCUCCUCCGCAUAGUCGACCAACAAGUGACACUGGUUCUGGUGGUAAGCAUGGCGUUAGUGACUUCACGAUGAUGAGCAUUCCAAAACAAGGUAAACACAACAAGAAUUCAACUACAAAUAAGGCUAAUCUCAGGGCUGCGUUCAUACAAGGAAGUUUUGGGAUCUAAAUAAUUGACUGAGAUUCUUGAAUGAAACAUGCUAUGUAUUUUAAUGAUUUAUAAAUAACAGACCAGAAAUGAAUACGAAUAAAAUCAGAAUAAAUUAAUUGUUAAAUAAAUAAAGUAUUUGUCA